AUGGUUGCUGCCUGGCGGCUGCUGCUGCUGCUGCUGACAGAGGCAAGGGCCUCCAGGGAGAUGCUAGAUUCCAUCAAAGAAGCAGAGGGCUCCCGGAUGGAUUCCUGUGGCUGUAGGAGCAGAGAGUCACGGGAGGAGAUGGAGUUUGGUAUUGACUGCUCCAUGUCCAUCCGCUGGCCCGGCCGCUCUCUCGGAAGCCAUGCCUGGAUACUGAUAGCCAUGCUACAGCUCGCAGUUGACUUCCCAUCCUGUGACUCCUUAGGCCCAGGGCCUGAGUUCCGGCUCCUGUCGCGUCCACAGAGGCCCCAGCGUCUGUGGAGUCUGAGAAGCGGACCCCCAACAAGGCUACCAACACCAGCCUGGAGUCCCCGUGCUGCCCGGGCCGAACGUUCCCACGGGCCCAUACAGAUGCAGACUCCCCGUGCUCGGAGGGCCCACAGGCCCAGGGACCAGGUGGCCACCCUUGGACCUAAAGGGGGACUCACCAAGCCCCCGGCUGCCACGGGAUCCAGCCCUUCCCUCACCUCUGCAUCAGCCUCGUCCUCCAGGGUGGCUGCUGGCACAGCAGAGCAUCAGAGCCUCUUAAGGGGUAGGAGGCACACGCACGAUACAGAGUUCAAUGAUUUCAACUUUCGUGGCAGCAGGCCUACGACAGAGACAGAAUUCAUAGCCUGGGGGCCUACCGGGGAUGAGGAAGCGCUAGAAUCCAAUACUUUCCCUGGUGGGUUCGGCCCCACCACAGUCUCCAUCUUGCAAACACGGAAGACAACUGUGGCCACCACCACUACCACCACGGCCAGCACGGCCACCGCCAUGACACUGCAGACUAAGGGGGUCACCGAGUCCCUAGAUCCCUGGAAAAGGACCCCUGUUGGGGUUAGCACAACAGAGCCUUCCACCAGUCCCAGCAACAAUGGGAAAGACAUCCAGCCCCCAAGGAUCUUGGGGGAGACCUCAGCCAAGGGAGAGAAAGUUGGUAGCUCAUCCCCUCCCACAACCCCCAGUAUGGCCCACGACAAACAGCAGCCCUUGCUGAUGCUCCGGAGUCGGGAGAAGCUCCCUGGGCAUCGAUAA